UCGGAUGAAGUAGCGCGCGGUCAGUCGGUUCUGUGAUCAUGGCAAGGCGCACACGUUCUAGCAUCAGUGCGAUGCCUCUCAGGAGAAGGUGUGAUAGUUCUGAUAGAUUUUCAGAGUACAGCUUGCACGCUGACUACUUGGCGGACAAGGACAGUGAGUGUAACAUGUGCAACGACUGCAUGGGCCGGGUGCCGUACGCGACCCUCAUAGCGACGAUAAUGUGCUGCCUAGGCGUGGGCGUGUUCUGCGCCAGCAUGUUCCGAGGCGCCACCCUGAGCACUCUGAUGCUGAACGAGGUGUUCCACCUGCGCCUCAACUGCCUGGAGCCCCUCCAGAUGAUCUUCUCGGUAAUAGGUGCGAGCAUGGCCGCCCUUGGCUUCAUGAUCCUCUGCGUUGGAUGUCUGGCCACUGGUGCCACCAGGACCAAGGUCUACAGGGCCUGGAGGACCCGCGUUGGUGGACGCAUCUCCUGUGCCGUGUUCAUGACCAUCGCCUACAUCAUGCAUAUCUUGUGGCUCUUGAUGUUUGCGUUUUUGAUCAUCAUCACUCUGACCUUCUCCAUUUUCUGGGGCUUCUGCAUGAAUCCUCGAGUUCGGGCUUUCGAGGACUGCAUUGAUUUGAAACCAUACCAAUUCCUUUUCCCCGACUACGUGAGAAACGAGGACAUGGAGAUCUGCGGCUCACAGGAGGUGAAGCUCUUUUGCAAGGACUACGUCGAGAAGGCCGAGGUGAUGUUCAUCCUCGCGACCGUAGCUUCGAUCCUCGUGAUCCUGAGCCUCUUACACUUCCUGAUGUGUCUUUCGGCGAAUUACGCGCACAUACGGGACCACGAGAAGUUUCAGGAGCUCCAGGAGCUGCAGUAUCUGCAAGAGCCCGGCGUACCCGACUCCCCGCAGUCCGGCGGACGCAUGGAUACCCUCGGCAAGGGCAGGUUUUAGGAUACGGCCCGCGAGAUCUUCGCCAUAAAUUCCCUUUAGAAAUCAUCAGGUGGUUUUGGAGAUUCGAUUACUUGCACACCUGAUUGAUUACGGUCCCGGUCAUCUUUUUUCCCUUAUCUGUGUACGCAUGCCCGCGAGCGCGCUAUCUGUUCACCCGCGAGAGCCAACGAGUCGACGAGAAACUGGUCUGGGCGUAUUUCUGAGUACCUACUUACGAUGUAGAUUUUUUUGACUUUCACUUUAAUGCAAUGAUUAUAAUAUUGAUAAUUAUAUUCAAUGGCCAUAGUACCAUUUAGACUCGGUACGCAAUUAGAGUACAAACAUUUUAGGAUACAUACAUACACAAACAAAAAACUCUCAAUCAAUCGAACGGUUAAAAAAAGUCAUACAGGUACAUUUUUUAGCAAUACUAUAUCGACUCCUUUAUAAAUAUCGUCAAGUACCGUUGCUGGAAUACGCGUUCUCUGAUUAUAACAGUAUUUACAAUAGAAAUCUUGGCUUACAAACAGUAUGAAUACUCAACUGUAGAAUGAGCAGUAAAUAUAUAAAUUUAUGCUUUAAAUUGGUAUUUUCUCAUUUAGCACUUGAGAAAACUUCAAAAGGUGUAUAAUUAGGCUCAGAUACGCCCACGUCAGCUUGCGGUGGAAGAAAAGUCGACUCGCCACUUAGUGAUUGUACGAUCUCUCCAACAUGGCACUAACAUGUUGAACUUCUGUUGCAUCGGGUACAUAGAAACACUGGAGGGAUAGUAUCUUUAAUAUAGUAUAUCUCUUUAGCUAUCCGUGGUAUCGACUAUCACUAAAUGUUGCAGUGCUUACUUUAAACGAAUAACGACCUGAGGAUCUUGCGGGAACACACUAUGCCGUCCAUUAAUCUGCGAUUCUUUAUAUGUGUCUAUAGCACCAUGUGAAUGUGUCUCAAAUGCUGCUGGUUAUUUUUUUUUUUUUUCUUACAUUAAGGUAACAUUAAAUAAAUAAAAAAAGACAAAAAGGUUCUUUUACACCAACUGAGUAUUUUCUUUACAGUGUAGCAUUAAAUGCAAUUUUUGUUAUAAUUGUGGUGUUAUUAGUGGCAAAACCAAACGAAAAAAUUAUUAAAUUACUCGAUUAGUGAUAAAGGACUUUUAUAUCUUCUGAGAAAAAAUGAAAAUCAAUUGUUACUAACACAGUAGAUAUCGUAAAAAAAAAAGUUACCAAAGAUUUUCGUGUAUGCCAAUGUUGAAGGAAAACAAUACCAUUUACUUGAUUGUGGUAAAAAAUUUUUUUACAGAAUUUCACUGGGUUAGUACACAUUAGUUUUAUGCUUUUCUCAGUAGGGCUGUUAUGCUUCGAAAUUUUGAAAAGUCGAAAAACUUAUGUAAAGAAAAAUAAGAUAAUUUAAAAAUGUACAAAAAAUUGCUUGUUUUGAUAAACUAAAUUUACAAAAUGUCGACUGAUUCGCAUAAAAUCAAAAUGAGAUUUUUCAAGAUUUCCGAGUCUUAAAGAUUCUUGUGUCUAUAAAUUAUAUAUUGUAUCUAUUAAAUUCACUCUAAAGUUUAUCGUACAAUGUACAAAAAUGAAAAAAUUAUAUAUAUAUAUAUAUACAUAUAUGUAGAUACAUUUACAUGUAUUACACAAAUACGUUCAUCUUAGAUUUUAAGAUAAAAUAAUGUUGCACAAGUGUUUCAAGACUACUCUUGUCGUUCGAUGGAAGGCUGUUUACCUGAUGGCCUACUAUAAACAUCAACAAAACCAUUCGCUUGCUCGUAAAUAUGUUCUUUAUUAAGUAUAAUGUCACGCCCCGAAGUAAUAAGUAUGCACAAAUUACACAAGAAGAGAAUCAAAGAGUGCACAUGAAAAAAAAAUAAAGCGUUGACGGCACAAAGCAAAAAUACGUGAUUUUCUGUGUUCAGUAUUUAAAAUGAAAAAAAAAAAAAAGAGGAAGCGCUAAGGAAAACAAUCACAAUAAGCGCUGAUCGAUCUUGCAAGACAUUCCAUGAGCAAUCAGUUCGAUUCUUCUUAUUUUUCUACUCAAUUUGCGUCUUUAAUGAAAAUGAAUCACUCAAGUACUCAUAGGCUAUACAAUUAUUCUAUUACGUGAUUGUAUUAGACUUCGACAGAAUACUUUGUAAUGGUUUUUCAUACAUAUAUUUAUACUUUGUACUUUAUAAUUUGUUAAGGUCAAUGCAUACAAAUUUUGGUGUAUGCAGUCACGAACGUUUUUUUGUCUUGAGAGAAAAUCGACUGAAUUUUUCAGAGCGUCCUAUUUAGUGUUCAACAAAAAAACAUCUUUCUUACUUGUAUUAGUUAGUUAAUAUAUUAACAAAAAAAAUGUAUUCUGUUCCAUUUUCUUACGUUUUGUUAUACAAAGUUUUCAAAGCAAUUUACAGUUAUAUUCUGAUCAAAAGGUUGCUUGGGCGAAUCUCAGGCCAGAAGCUUACGUCAAAAAGUAUUUCCUCCAGUGACAAUAUUACAAAUAGUAUGUUUCAUUUGCAUAGAAUAUACAUAAAGACGUGCCAAAUUUUACUAAACUUGAUGCUCAAUCAAAGACGAGACUCGCUUUAAGAUGUGUAGUUCUAAAAAAAUGGUCUAAUUUAAUAAAAUUAACUAUAUAAAACGAAAAUAUUGGUAUGCCAAGGUAGGGUUACAAUUAACAAAGAGGUGUUGAGCUUUAAAAAAGUAAAUAAAUUGUUCGUUAAAUUGUAACCUUUCACUUGAUUUGCAAGUACUAAAGCAAACGUGUAAGCUAGCGUUGGUAAGAGAAUAAAAGAAAAUUUAUCUCCA